GUAUGGAAAGUAUACGUACUUGAAGCCUUGGCCUUUUUCCCGCUAUUACGAAAAAAAGUGUAGACCCUUAUCCUCCUCACGGUAGUGGAUGAAACCUGUAAUACACCUCAGCAGAACAAGUACUACACCAUGAAUUGCAGGGGGUGUGGAGAUUGUUUCGAUGCAACAACCUUGGCUUCACAUCAGUCAAAAUGUAAAGCCCAGAAUCGCCAGGAUGAUGAUGAGUUGCACAGUUACAGGGCUGUCCAACUAUCUUCAGCUGUGACAAGAGAUCUACCGCUUGCUGCCCAGGCAUUUGCUAAUCCACCUGCAGCCCAAAAAAGAGCUAAUCCACCUGCUGCCCAAGCAAGAGCUAAUCCAACAGCAGCACAAGAAAGAUCUUACCCACCUGCAGCCCAAACAAAAGUUAAUCCAUCUUCAGCCAAGGUCAUGGGUGUUCAACCACCAGCACUGCAAGCUGCGACCAAAAAUCCAUUACCUCUAGCCCAAGCAAGAGCAAAUCAACCGUCAGCCCAAACAAGAGCUAAUCCACCUAUAGCCCAAACAAUAGCUAAUUCACCUGAAGCCCAUGGCAGGGUUGUCCAACCACCUUCAGCUGUGACCAGAGAUCUACCGCCUUCUUCCCAGGCAUUUGCUCAUCCACCUGCUGCUGAGGCUGCCUUUCACCCACCUGCCCAGCUUCUAGAUCUUCCAGAGCCAAAUGCAGCAUCAAUCAAGGAAAUUAUGACAGAAGUUUUGUCGCUAUUCCCCGAUGUAGACGAGGCCUAUUUAAAGUCGUUAGCGUUGCAAGAAGCUGGACCUAUGGCUGUCAAUAACAUCUGCUCCUUUCUACUAGAACGGCAAUACCCAAGAAAGAAAAGGCCUGAAACAGAUAGUGUUAAAACAGAACUUGUCAACAAAACUAUCAACUACUUCAUUCCUGCCUUUCAAGAAAUGCAUGAUGAUACUUACUACGGAAAUGCAUCUGCUUUAUUGUUGGUGGAGUUUGUUUGGUUUGACGCUAGGUUCAUUACCAAGGCCUUGUAUACACUGAAGAAUUACGCCUCCACGUACCGUUUCCUAGCAGAAAUCUGGAAGCAGAUUGCCAUUCAGACAAAGCUAAAAGACAAUGUCAAAAGUGAAAAAUCCAAGCUGAGUGCCAUGACCUUUGAAGUGGAAAUAGACCAGGAGAUUUCGAGGCCAGAGGCUGGUUCCAGUACUGGUACCGGGAAGGGCAAGGUCAAGGUCACGCUACUUAAGUCCAGACGGCAGUUAAGUAAAUCCUCGCCACAGAUCUGUCCAGCCUUGCAGACUGAGAUAGACUGGGUCAGGGAGAAGUGCAAAGAGUUGGAGGCAGAGGCUGACCGGGAGAUUGCCAUGGGCCUAAAUGAGGAAGAGUAUGAGCUGCAGGGCCAGUAUAUCGAGUGUGGCUGCUGCUAUGGGGAGUUCCCCUUUGAGAGCAUGGUACAGUGCUGUGACGGGCAUCUCUUCUGUCAGGGAUGUCUGCAGCAGAAGGCACGCGAGUCUGUCUUUGGCCAGGGCAAGGCUGAUCUGAAGUGUAUGACGGACAGGUGCGGCUCUUCCUUUCCUAAAAGUCAGCUGGUGAGGGCGUUACCGAGGGAGAUGCUGGCCAGAUAUGAGGACAGAGUGGCAGAGGAAAAUCUCAAGCUGGCUGAUCUGGGAGAUCUUGUCAAAUGCCCACAUUGCGAGUUCAGGGCCUUCAUGGACAAGUCUGACAAAGUGUUCAGGUGCCAGAAUGACAAGUGUAUGAAGGAGACGUGCCGUUACUGCCAGGUGGGAUGGGACGAACACUUUGGGAAGCCUUGCUCUGAGGUGGUAAAAAGAGAUGAGACCAAACUGAGACUGGAAUAUGAAGAGAAGAUGACGAAGGCAAAGGUGCAAAUGUGUCAGCGUUGUAACGCCCAGUUCACGAAGGAGGAUGGCUGCAAUGGCGCCACCAUGUGCUACAUCUGCAGGGAACCGGAUGACCCAAAUGUAGAAAGUAUGUCAAAGCAUGAGGUGGCAGACAUUGAACAAGGUUAG